AUGGACCGACGACCAAACCCUCCUGGCUGGGUUCCUCCAAAGGCUCCAUACAAUCCAUACGAUCCGAAUGAUAUCAGACCCCCAGAAGGUUAUCCAAGUGAGUUUUUGCCCCCAGGAAAGCAAAAAUCCUUUUCUGACAUCCCGAAAGAUGCAACUGAAUAUGAGCAAAUACGGCACUCGAUGAAUCAACUUAAAUAUACACCCAGGCCUCCAAGUGAGCUAUAUCCAGGGCAGAAUAAAGUGCUCAAGCGUAUAAACACAAAGGCAAGGUUCCAAAAUGGAUUGAAAAUUACCUCUAGACUAUUAAUGUUUGGAGUGACUGUGUACGGAGUCUUCUUUUAUCGAUGGAACGAAGGCUACGACAAUGUGUUUAGUCCUUUCUAUCGAUUCAGACUAAAAUGCAAAAAGUUCAUCUCUGGAGAAUUAUCUGACAAGGAAGAGUUCGAUCUAAGUGGAAAUUCUAAACCCCUUCCUUUCAAGGUUAUUCGGGAAGAAACUGUGCCAGCAGAUAUCGCAACCGUUGAAUCUGCUGCAGGUUUGCAAAGACCGACUCAAAAGCACCUAAUGGAGGUAGAGAGAAUAUUGCAAGAAAGAGAGGAGAAGAUGCUCAGAGCCGUGGACAUUGCAGAAGAGACCUUGAAGAAACAAGGCAGUACUAAAGAGACCAAACCGUUUUGGAAAAUUUGGUAG